AUGGCUAAAAAUUCAUUCCUCAAAUCAGUCAUAGCCACUAUUCUCUUACUCCUCGGCUUGUAUGCGUUCUUCACUAUUGUUGUUUAUCCUUCAAAUGAUGAACAACAUAGUCACACACUGUUUGGCUCGCAAGAAAAGAUUGGGAAUUCUGGGUGGAAAUUGGAUUCUCCUGGGACAUUUCUAUCUCGGCCUGUGAAGAUUUACAUGUAUGAUCUGCCGAGAAAGUUUACGUAUGGUGUUAUAGAGAGCUAUGCGAUGGCUCGUGGAGGGGAAAAGGGUCGGGUAAACGACGACGCUUUGUUGAAGUACCCGGGGAAUCAGCACUCGGCCGAGUGGUACUUGUUCGCCGAUUUGACUCGGCCGGACAGGGGUGCUGACUCGCCAGUGACUCGGGUUUUGGACCCCGAAGAGGCUGAUUUGUUUUACGUUCCGUUCUUUUCAUCCUUGAGCUUGGUGGUCAACCCGAUUCGGCCCACCAAUGUGGCUGUUGAGGGACCACAGUAUAGUGAUGACGAGAUGCAGGAAAAUUUGAUUGAGUGGUUGGGGGAGCAGGUGUAUUGGAAGAGGAAUAAUGGGUGGGAUCAUGUAUUUAUAUGUCAGGAUCCGAAUGCGUUGUACAAGAUUGUUGAUCGGGUGAAAAAUGGCGUGUUUCUGGUUUCGGAUUUUGGAAGGUUGGGUCGUGAUCAGGCAUCGUUGGUGAAGGAUGUGAUCUUGCCGUAUUCGCAUCGGAUUAAUACGUUUCAUGGCGGUGUAGGUGUCGAAAAUCGGAAGUCAUUAUUGUUCUUUAUGGGAAACCGAUAUCGAAAGGAGGGAGGAAAAAUUCGUGAUAUGCUUUUUAAAGUACUUGAGAAAGAAGAAGAUGUCAUUAUAAAGCAUGGUGCACAGUCCAGAGAGAGUCGCCGUAUGGCUUCACAAGGGAUGCACACCUCAAAGUUCUGUUUACAUCCAGCUGGUGAUACUCCUUCAGCUUGUCGACUUUUUGAUGCUGUUGUGAGCUUGUGUAUUCCAGUUAUAGUCAGUGACUAUAUUGAAUUGCCUUUCGAAGAUGUCAUAGACUACAAAAAGAUUGCAAUUUUUGUAGAUUCCAACUCAGCUAUAAAACCAGGAUACUUGGUCAAAUUGCUAAGGGAAAUGAGCAAAGAGAGGAUUUUGGAAUUCCAGCUGCAGCUAGAAAAGAUUUGUUGCAUUCGUAAACAAAUAACCUUUGUUUACCCUUCCUAUGAAAACAAAUAA